UUCUCCUGCACCACAUCCCUGCUCCUGAUUGCAUUCAGUUUUCCACUUGAGUCUCUUGCUCAAUACUACGCGUACCAAUCACCCCCUCGAGCGCGGCAUUUCGGUUCUGAACCUUGCAGCGCCACGCCGCCGGAAGAAUCAGCGACAAUGAAGCAAAAGAUCGUGAUCAGGGUGGAGAUGACGUGCGACCGGUGCCGGUCCAAGGCGCUGUCGCUGGUGGCGGCCACGCGCGGGGUGGAUUCCGUGGCGCUCGCCGGCGACGCCAGGGACCAGCUCGUCGUCGUCGGCGACGGCGUCGAUUCCAUCUGCCUCGCCAGCGCGCUGCGCAAGAAGGUCGGGCCCGCGGAGAUCGUGCAGGUCGCCGCCGAGGCCAAGAAGGAGGGCGGCGGCGACAAGAAGCCCCCCGCAGCCGCCGCCGCCGUGCCCCUGCCCCCGUACGUGCCGAGCGCGUGGUACUACCAGUACCCGCCGCCGCAGCAGCCGCUGAGCUUCGUAUACGAGCCACCCGCGGCCGGGUACGCGUACGGGUACCGGGCGCGGCCCGACAGCAUCUGCUCCAUAAUGUAGAGGACACACGACGUACGGAUUCCUCUGUUUUGAAACGGUGCGCCGUGCGCGGCUACGGGUAGGACAACGAAUGACCGAAGGGUAGAGUUUUCUUUCUUAAAAAAUAAUAGUAAAGGUGUACGUUUCGUUGGGCUUUGAUAUCCA